AUGGAUCAAAGUCUAUAUUUCAGACUUCUUGUCAUUGCUCUCUGCUCAUUAUCUGAAUGCAUUCAGAACCAGUAUUACUAUAUAAACAUGAAUAGGAACUGGACUGAAGCUCAGAGAUACUGCAGAGAGAAGUACACAGAUCUGGCCACAGUCAACGACAUGAACCACAUGAACGAGCUGAAGAACAUUGUGAAUAACAAUCUGGUAAACGUCUGGAUUGGACUGCGGAAUACAGGUGUUUAUACAUGGAAGUGGUCUCUGGGUGAUCCUGUGAACUAUCUGAACUGGCUCAGUGAACCAACAAACAGCUUGUAUAAUUGUGCCGUUAUGAGGAAUGGAACAUGGCGUCAGCAGGACUGUAAUGUGGCAUCACAGUUCAUCUGCUACAAUGGUGAUAAAGCAUACAUCAUUGAACCUUCCAGUAAAACAUGGAGAGACGCUCAGAGUUUCUGCAGACAGCAUCAUACAGAUCUGAUCAAUGUGAGGAACCAGACUGACAAUCAACUGAUCCACAACAUCAUUAAUAAUACUGAGACAUCUGUCUGGAUUGGUCUGUUCGGUGACUCGUGGGAGUGGUCAGAUAACAGUGACUCUGCCUUCAGAGACUGGGGGACUGGUCAACCUAGUUUUCAUUAUGACGGUGUUUCUGAAGACUGUGUAGAGUUCAGAAUGAAUGAGCAGGGAAUAUGGAAUGAUGUGGCUUGCACUCUCUGCUCAUUAUCUGAAUGCAUUCAGAACCAGUAUUACUAUAUAAACAUGAAUAUGAACUGGACUGAAGCUCAGAGAUACUGCAGAGAGAAGUACACAGAUCUGGCCACAGUCAACGACAUGAACCACAUGAACGAGCUGAAGAAC